AAACUACAAAUAAUGUAAUUUGACUCGGUCCCCAGGUAAGUGUCUCAUAUUAUCGCGAGAGCUCAAGCAGCCGAUGCGAGACAUCACAUCAUCCGUUUUAUGACGACUGGUAUAAGUGGAAUUAAGGCAGCUUCAGCAUGGACUCAACGGCGAAAAUAUUGGAGGAAAACUUAGAGAAGAUUUUGAAGGGCGAGGGACUUGAGUUGAGAGAGUUUGAUUCACUCCCGGAAGUGAAGCCUGUCACACUGAGGAAAAACGUGUGUUACAUCGUCAGCGCAGUAAUCUUUAACUCAAAGGAGGAGGUGUUAAUGGUUCAGGAAGCAAAGAGAGAGUGUUAUGGCAGUUGGUAUCUCCCUGCGGGUCGUAUGGAAGAACGUGAAAGCAUUCUAGAGGCACUGCAGAGGGAGGUCAAAGAGGAGGCAGGAAUAGACUGCCAGCCAGUCACACUGCUGCUGGUUGAAGAACAUGGGCCAAAGUGGGUUCGUUUCACCUUCCUCGCUAAGGAAACAGGGGGCUCUCUGAAGACAACGGCAGAGGCGGAUGCUGAAUCCCUGCAAGCUCAGUGGUGGGAUCGUGAAUCUCCACUUCCUCUUCGUGCACGUGAUAUACUGCCCCUCAUUGAUGCUGGAAUAAAAUAUCGCCAAAAUCCCUGGUUUCCUGUGUUACAACCUGCUGACUUCCCUUGUCACGUUAUCUGCCAAAGACUUUUCCUCACAUUCAUCUCUAGCAGUGGUAACACUGAUACCAGUGAUGAGGACUGUCUGUGGCUGCUGCUGAGCAAUAAUAAUGCCAAUUCUCAUCCCAGUCUUCCGAUUGAAGUAUCAGUUAAAACAUACAUUACGUGGGCAGCGCACAGACUGAUUAAAGAGUGCAUGCCUUCGUCGUCUAUAAAUGUUGUUAUAUGUGGUGUUCUGGGAGUGCAGCACAAUGGGAGAAUACCAGGCAAAACGGACGGCAUCUGCUUCAACACGCUUGUGUUAUUGGAAAAUUCAGAGGGCGGGCCUGAAAUCAACAGCCCACCACCAUUGGAGAGUGACAGUUACAGAUGGCAUGAAGUGACCAAUCAAAGCCUAAGAGCAAAGAUAAUACAGAGGAUUAAAGACAGGUCUGUUCUGCCUAUUCAUAGUCAGUUCUGAUGCUCUGCCGCUCUAAUAGAGUAUCAGGACAUUACACAGGCCAGAACUGAACCUGCAUUUUCCACAUGAGAACCAAAGGUCAUGGCUCCAAAGCAUUAAUAACUUUGCACGUUUGAAAUAUUUAUCUUGAACCUCAUUUGCAGAGAUGUUCUGGCAUUCCAAAUCUGGGUUUCUCUAUAAAAUCACACAAUAUGUUGUCAAUUAUGACACAAUAAUUAUGUGCCCAUACACAGUUUUCAGAAGUGUGCUUCACUCACCUUUCCCCUCAUUGGAGUCCGCUCUCCAUUUCAGUGAAAUCACAAAAUGAAAUGCAACCAAAUAUUAAUUCUAAUGCACUAAAUAUAAUAUAUAUAUAUAUAUAUAUAUAUACUGUAAUUCAUUAUUAAAUUUAUAAAGUUAGUAUAUUUUAACCCCCGGUUUCACAAACAAGGCUUAAGCCUAGUCCCAGGCUAAAAUGCACGUUUGAGCUGUUUUAACAGAAAGCAAUUUGCACUGACAUGUCUUAAAAUAUGUCAGUGCCAUUGUUUUGUCUCAAGAUGCACACCAGUAAUGUUUUUUUUUUUUAAGGCAUGUUUAUAAAACCUAUAAAACCUACUUAAAUGUCCUAAUUGAACUAAUCCUGGCUAAGCUGUUGUCUGUGAAACCAGGCCUAAAUGUACCAAAUUGCAACUUUAUUAAUACAAAUGUAAUAUAUAUAUAUAUAUAUAUAUAUAUAUAUAUAUAUAUACACACUAUAUUACCAAAAGUUUUGGGACAUCUGCCAUUACAUGCACAUGAAUUUUAAUGACAUCCCAUUUUUAAUCCGUUGGGUUUAAUGUGGAGUUGGCCCACCCUUUGCAGCUAUAACAACUGCAACGUUUAAAAUGUUACUUUUCAAAGGGGGUGUACUCAUUUAUGCUGAGCACUGUAUAUAUAUAUAUAUAAUAUAUAUAAUAUAUAUAUAUAUAUAUAUAUAUAUAUAUAUAUAUAUAUAUAUAUAUAUAUAUAUAUAUAUAUAUAUAUAUAUACAUAGUGAUCUCUAUAUGUAUGACAAGAUCUCAGAGUUAAACUGUGUCAGAAAAAAAUGAAUCUUAAUUAUGUUAGAUAACACUUAAACGAAACACAGUCAGGUCAAAGUGUUUGAAUAAUUUUUGGUUCCAAAUUUUUUAUUAAUUUUACUGGUAGUCCACUGUAUGAAGAAUUUUUGGGUAUAAUAUGUCACAGGUUACUUUAUUUUGUUAUCCUCACUUACAUAAAUGAACUAUAGUGUCCUGCACCCACUAGUAAAAAUAUAUCAAAUAUAUAAAAAAUGUCUGAAUAAUUUUUGGUUUGACUGUAUAUCCUACUUCAAAAAGUCAAAAAAGCACUCUAAAGUUCAGCUAAUUACAUUUAAUAUAAAGUUAAACUAUAAUAUAUUUUCAUUUAAUUGUAAUUAACAUGUAAUUAGGUGUCAGAAAAAAAGUUAAGUUUGCACUUAAGGAUAUAACGUGUUACAUCUGUUUUGGUUUAGUUUCAUUGUGUUUUCGUUCUGUUUUCCCUGUUCUGGUUGUGCCUGUGUUUCCUAGUUAGUUUCCUUGGUUGUUGAUUAGUUCUACACACAUGUUCUGUUGUAUCUUGAUUACUCUCCCAUUGUAUUUAAGCCCUGAGUUUUUUCGUUUCAUUUGUCUGGUAAUGUUAAUGUGGUCAUGUUAAGUUAUUCUUCUGCAAUCUCCUGAAUUUUCUGUUUUAUUAAAGACACUACUGUUUUAUUUCUCCACUC